AUGAUGAGAUCUAGAAUUGCUCGUGCAUCCACCUCCGGAAACCCAAUAGAUAACAAUGCAUUGAUGGAUCUAUUACAAGCGGUGACAUCUAUAGUUACCAGACAACAAGAUGAAAUUGAUCGUAAUCGGACGAAUGGUCAAAACGAGGAGCACCCAAAAUUAAGAAGUGGCAUGGGAGAAUUCAAGAAACUAUCUCAACCCAAUUUUGAGGGAACAACUAAUCCUAUGAUUGCUGAGCAUUGGAUCACAGAAAUGGAGAAGGUCUUCACAUACAUGAAAUGCCCUGAAGAGGAGAAGGUUGAUUAUGCAGUAUAUAUGUUAAAAGACCGCGCUUACGGGUGGUGGCAAAUGCAGGUCAGGACGUUGGGAGAGAAAGCAUACAAGUUAUCAUGGGAGGAGUUUAAAAAGAUUUUUUAUGAAAAGUAUUUUCCUUCAACUGUUCGCAAACAAAAAGAACAUGAGUUUCGAAAAUUGGAGCAAGGUGACAAGACGGUAGCUGAAUAUGAAGAAGAGUUCACUUAUCUAUCAAAGUUUGACAUUCACUUGUUGGGUAAUGAGGAAGAUAGAGCUCGUCGCUUCGAGGAAGGGCUUCGACCGGACAUCCGAAAGACGGUCAGUGCAUUUGAACUCCCUACAUAUGGAGAAGUGUUAAAGAAGGCCUUGUUAAUUGAGAAAAAUGAAAUUGAUACAAAGCCAAAGAACGAGACGAGCAGCUCCUACCCAAAGAAGCGGUUCUGGCAGGAUAAUCGCGGUGGAAGAAAUAAGAAUUGGAGAAACAAAAAGCAAAAUUUUGGACGCAGAGAGGAGCAAUUUCCAAAUCAGAAAACUUUAAGAUGUGAUGUUUGUCAUAAGCUUGGGCAUGAAGCGAAAAGUUGUUGGAGAAAUACUGGGGCUUGUUUGAGAUGUGGUCAGAAAGAUCACAAGAUAGCAAAUUGUCCCCUACAACAACCAUCUCGGAAUAAUUUCCAGACUGGCCAGUCCAGUGGUGGGAAUCGGUAUCCUCAAGCUAAGGCCCGAGUUUAUUCUCUAACUGAGAAGGAAGCAGAAGCAAACCAGGAUGUGGUGACAAGUACGCUAACUUUUGCAUCAGUUCCUGCUCGAGUACUAUUUGAUUCUGGUGCAUCGCAUUCCUUUAUUGCUGCACAGUUUGUUAAGAGAAACAAAUUUCCAUGUGAUACCCUACAACAAGAAUUGCUUGUUAAUACACCUGGAGGAUGGGGGACUAGUGGCAUAGAUCCAGAUCCAAUGUCUGAUUCUGUUGAUAGCCAAGACUCAGAGGAGACUGAACCAACUGAGGAGAAGUCUAGUUCCAGCAGCUCUUCUUCAGGGAAAUAG